AUGGCCACGCCGUGGCUGCUGCUGCUGCCGGCCCUGGCACUGCCCGCGGCGCUGGCCAUGCCCGCGGCGCAGCGAGCCCGGGGCGCGGCCCAGGUGGCCCAGGUGGCCCUGGAGGCGCUGGUGGCGUCGGGCGAGGGCCGAGUGUCCCGCGGGGCGCUGGGGGCCCUCGUGGCGAGCGCGGCCGGCCGUGCGCAGUGCCCGGGCGAGCCGUGCGGAGAGUGUCCCUCGGUGCCAGCGGUGCUGGCCCUGGCCGGGAAGGCCCCGGGUGGCACCGCCGGGCUCGAUGCCACCGAGCUGUCCUGGCUGGGGGCGGCCGUGGUGGCCACGCUCAGGGACCCCCCGGGCGCCUGCGGGGACCCCGAUGGGGACACGGAUGGGGACACCGAGGCCACCGCGGGGCCCUGGGCCAGCCGUGUCCGCGCCCUGCACCGCGAGUUCGCCACCGAUGUCACCGGCGAUGCCACCGGCAGUGUCACCGGCACCGGCACCGUCGCUAGCCACGGUGGCCCCGGGCUGCGGGAGGUGGCCGAGCUGCUGGCGGCCAUCGAGCCCAACUACCGCGGUGACAACGGCCACCAGGCCUGCGUGGAUGCUCGGGGGGUGCUGGCAGCCACCUCCAGGGUGUCCCCAAGGGUGGGGACCGGGCGGGUGCUGGUGGCACUCGGGGUCCUGGUGCUGCGCGGCCGCCGCCUCUGCCCUGGGGACAGCGGGGACACCCCCAGCCUGCAGUGUGGGGACACCGGCAGCCACCGUGGGGACACCGGUGACAUCGACACCCUCCACGGGGACACGGACGCUCAUCAUGGGGACACCGGUGACAUCGACACCCGCUGUGGGGACACGGACACCCGGCACAGUGACACUGCCCCAGGGCCACCACCCACGGGGACAGUGACACCCGUUAUGGGGACAUUGAAAGCCACCUUGGGACUUGAAAGCCACCGCGGCCCCACGAGCCCCGGCUCCUACUCUGGGGACACGGGUGACAACGUCACUGUCCCUGUCCCCACCAACAGCAGCGACCCCGCGGAGCAGCUCAACACCAGCCAGAGGUACGUGCUGGGGACGCUGAUGGCGCUGGCGCUGGCGCUGGUGCCGCUGGUGGCGCUGGCCCUGGUGCUGUGUCCCGGCUGCUCCCGGUGUCCCGGCUGCUCCCGGUGUCCCGGCUGCUCCCGGUGUCCCGGCGGUUCCCGGUGUCGCCGCUGUCCCCGGCGCUGGGGGCGCCCCCUGCUGGACGGGCUGGCGGCCGGGGCGCUCAGCGGGGACGCGCUGCUGCACGUGCUGCCCCAGGCCCUGGGGAUCCACGGCCACUCGGGGGGCCAGCACGCCGAGCACGGGGCUUCCCACGGCCCCCCCUGGGAGAUGCUGGCGGUGCUGGGGGGGCUCUACGGGGGCUUCGUCCUGGAGCGGCUGCUGGGGGGGCUGGGACCCCCCCCCGAGGAGGUGAAGGAGGAAGACCCCACCCCUGACCCCGCCCAGAGCACACAGGAGCUGACCACGCACGGCGCGGGCGGCGCGGGCGGCGCGCAGGCGCUGUUGCUGUCGGCAGGGGGCGCCGUUCACCGCCUGGCGGACGGGCUCGCGCUCGGCUCCGCCUUCGCCGCGUCCGCGAGCGCCGGGGCGGCGGCGGGGGCGGGGCUGGCGCUGCACGAGCUGCCGCGGGCCUUCGGUGACGCGCUGGUGCUGUCGCAGUCCGGGCUGGCCACCCGGCGGGUGGUGGCGCUGGCCGUGGCCGGCGCGCUGCCCGUGGUGCCGGGGGUCGUGGCCGGGCUGGCGCUGGGGGCCGCCCCCGCCGCCCGCUCCUGGCUCGGGGCCCUGGCGGGGGCUUCCUGCUGCACCUGGCGCUGUGCCACAUGGUACCCGUAG